AUGCAAAAGACUAAUUUGCAGGGCGAAGAAGCGCUAGAAAAGUUUUACGCUGAAGAAAUGGAUAGAAUGCUAAAACAGCAAAGUUUAAGAUACCAGUUCAUUGCUGACAAGCAUAGCGACUGGCUCAAAAGUUAUGUGGAACUUUUACGGUUCAUUAGUACUCUUCUCGGAGAAGCGAACAGACAGACUCCCAUUGAGGAAGAGCCAAGAGUACCACAAGCAAGAGCUCCGGAAGCAAAUCGUGCCGAAAACUCAAACACUGCCAACGUUGAAAUUGUUGAAAACCGUUUAGCCUUGUCAAAUCAAUCUUCGUUAGAAGACAAAGAGGAUGCAGAAUUUACCAGACCGACUGGAAGCAGAAACGCUGAUAUUUUUGAGGGGGUGUCAGUAAGUUUCGCUACCUUAUCUGUUCAAAGUUUGGGAAGUCUGAUGUCAAAAGAAGAUAACGAUACUUUUGUCAAUUUCAUCAGAGGACAACCGGCAGAUCGCCGACAGCAAGGAUUUGACGAUCCACCAGCUACGCAAAUGAGACAGUUCCAUCGCGACGAAGACAGUUACAGGCGAGUUGCCCGUAGUGAUAGCCACAGAAUGGAUGACUCUCACUUACCUUAUGACGAUUACAAAAAACCAGAUGCAGCGGAAGGGAAAUACCUAAAUUUAGACAGACGAUCCUGGUUAAAAGCUGAAGAGCAUGAGGUGCCACCUGUAAGACAGGCAGGACAACGGCCCGUUCCGGCAGUUCGUAGCACUCAGCAAGAUGACCAUCGAAUUGGCAGAGUCGAAUCCAGGAGGCUGGAAAAAAAAAGGCCACUGGACGAAACAGAUGGCGUAAUGAUCCAAAAUAACAUCAAUGCUGUGCCAACAGUCAUGAUACCGCCAGUAUUCAACAAUUCUGAUAACGGUCGAUUGUUGGUGUGCAUACAUGACUUCCGUGGUCAAACUGCAAGUCAACUGAGUUUGCAAGCCGGCGAUCGGGUCGUAUUAAUCAAAAGUGGUUCCAAAGGAUGGAUUUUUGCAAAACACGUCCAAACGCAAAUGUAA